AUGGACCUAACCAAGAAAUACAAUUUGGGCCUCAUGGGAAACAGAAUGGAGCAGGCUCUGGAUUACAAUCUACGAGAUAUACACCACUUGGGUUCCAAAGUUUUGCUACCCGCCUAUAUGGAUCUAAUGAAGAGCCAAGAUUUAUCAACAGCCAAUCGAAAAUCAAUAAACAUUUUGGGAUGGUGCCUUGAAUUGUUGCUUUUGGCCUUUGACGUAAGCGAUGAUAUUAUGGAUAAUAGUAUCACACGAUUUGGUAGACCCUGCUGGUAUAGGCUCGAAUCCAUAGGCCUUAAGGGCCUAAAUGAGUCCUUCAUAUUUGAGAGUCUGACUUAUUAUUUGCUUCACAAGCAUUUUCGAGAUUUCGAAUGUUAUAUGGAUCUGGUGGAGUUAUUCCAUGAGAUAACCUUGAUUACAGCAUGUGGCCAAGGUGUGGAUGUGAUGGCCGGUCAAAUGUCUGUGGAAUCUUUCACCAUGGAUUUGUAUAGGAGUAUUGCCGAACUAAAGACAUCGUAUAUGGCAAUUUAUUUCCCCAUUGCCUUGGCCAUGACCCUUGUGGGCAACAAAAAUCCUCAAGAUUUUCAAACCAUAAAAAAAAUUUCCAUGGAUGUUGGUCAUCUACUACAGGCGCAGAAUGAUUACUUUGAUUUUUUUGGUAGCCCUAAGGCAACGGAAAAAAUUGGCACCGACAUUGAACAGAACAAAUGUUCCUGGCUGGCUGUGCAAUGUAUGCAAAGGGCCUCCAAGGAACAAAAGCGGAUUAUGUUUGAGUGCUAUGGGAAAAAUGAUCCCCAUAUGGUGCAACAAGUAAAAGACCUCUACAACACUCUUCAGCUUCGUGAACUCUAUACAGCCUAUGAAGAAACUGCAAUUACAACAAUUACUGCGCAAGUUCAGCAAGCCUCUGGGGAUAUACCUAAAGAAGCUAUUUUGCAUAUACUCGAACAAAUACGCCAAUGCAGUCUAUUUUAG